AGCUGCUUUCCCUCCAACAAGCUUGCACUCUAACAAGACCUCUGAACACGGCUACAUAAUGGCAACUGCAGGAAAAGUGAUCAAAUGCAAGGCAGCAGUGGCCUGGGAGGCUGGGAAGCCUCUGUCCAUUGAGGAGGUGGAGGUGGCCCCACCCAGAGCCCACGAAGUCCGAGUGAAGAUCCAUUCCACUGCGGUGUGCCACACUGAUGCCUACACCCUGAGUGGAGCGGACCCUGAGGGCCUCUUCCCUGUCAUCUUGGGCCACGAGGGUGCCGGCACGGUGGAGAGCGUCGGAGAGGGUGUCACCAAGUUCAAACCAGGCGACACGGUCAUACCUCUGUAUGUGCCACAGUGUGGAGAGUGCAAGUUCUGUAAAAACCCCAAGACGAAUCUGUGUCAGAAGAUCAGAAUCACCCAGGGCCAGGGGCUGAUGCCUGAUAAGACCUCCCGCUUCACCUGCAAGGGAAAGCAGUUGUUCCACUUCAUGGGGACCAGCACUUUCUCUGAGUACACCGUGGUGGCGGAUAUCUCUCUGGCCAAAGUGGAUGGGAAAGCGCCGAUGGAUAAAGUGUGCCUGCUGGGCUGUGGCAUCUCCACUGGCUACGGAGCAGCGCUGAACACAGCUGGGGUAGAACCCGGAUCCACGUGUGCCGUGUUCGGUCUUGGAGCAGUGGGGCUCGCUGCCAUAAUGGGCUGCAAAGUAGCUGGAGCAUCAAGAAUCAUCGCCAUUGAUCUAAAUCCGUCCAAAUUUGAAAGUGCCAAGAGCUUUGGAGCCACUGAGUGUGUGAACCCCAAAGAUCACAGUAAACCCAUCCAGGAAGUGCUGGUUGAGAUGACUGACGGAGGAGUGGACUACUCCUUUGAGUGCAUCGGGAACGUUGGAGUUAUGAGGGCUGCACUGGAGGCCUGUCAUAAGGGCUGGGGCACCAGUGUGAUCCUCGGGGUGGCGGGUGCAGGACAGGAGAUCUCCACCAGACCUUUCCAGCUCGUCACAGGGCGCACCUGGAAGGGCUCUGCCUUUGGAGGCUGGAAGAGUGUGGAGAGUGUCCCUAGGCUGGUGAAUGACUACAUGACCAAAAAGUUGAAGGUGGAUGAGUUUAUCACCCACACACUGCCCUUUGCUGAAAUCAAUGAGGCUUUUGAUCUCAUGCACCAUGGAAAGAGUCUACGUGCUGUCCUGCAAUUUUGAUGACACUGACUGCUGACACCAUUUAGCCUAGGAUACUUGUUGUUUGUAGCAUGUUGGCUGAUUGUAUAAAAUGACUAAUAAAGAAAAACAUGUUUGAUUUGU